AUGCCAUAUAGUCGUACCCUCGCUCCAGUCCUGCUCUGGCUCUUGUUCAUGCUGACAUCCGCGGACAAUCAGACCUGCCCCCCCUGGCUCCAGCCUCACGGUCAGGAGGAAGUGGUCAGCAAGUACCUAGAACAGUUCUCGCAGAUCCUCAUCCGUUUCGAUUGCCCCCAGCCCUACUCGGUCAAGUUCCAGUGCCACCAGUGUAAACUCCAGGAACCUUCCGAUGAAAUGGUUAUUUCGGAAAAGGGCGCCGUAACAGCUCCGAUGCACGUGGCCACGUCACGUUACUGCACCUCAGGCACGUCUCACAUUGCAAGGUCCCACCGCUCUGUACACUGCUAUAUUGCCAAUAACCCUGCUCUAACAAACUUUAAGAUUUAUUGCUAUAAUAACAACUUCAAAUACAUCUUUAUUUUUUAA